AUGCGCUUUGUUGAGGCUUUGGGUCAUUUUGGUGAUAAUCAUGUGGUUCGCCUACGCGAAUUCUCCAAGUCCCUAACUAAUCGGGCAUACCGUUGGUAUUUCAACCUCGAGCCAGACUCCAUCAGUACUUGGGAGCAGCUGAAAGAUCAUUUUCUUACCAAGUUUUUCCAGGCUGAAGAGCGUGUCACCACCUUGUCCCUCACAAAAGAGGCCCAAGAAGACAAUGAAGAUGUCCUUGCCUUUAUCAACCGAUUCAGUGAUCGUGCAGGUCAGUGCUUCGAAAGUAGCAAUGAAAUAGACUUGCUUGGCGAGCUUAAGAUCGCUGCCCAGAAUCUCAAAGAUCUCAAGCCAGUCGCUACUAAGUAUAAGCCUCCGAAGUAUGAUGCUCCUAAGUUUGAAGUUCCAAAGCCUUCUAAUCGCAAACCUGCACCUGCAGUGACCAUCGAGGAAUGCCCACAAAAACGGUUUGAUAGGUCCCAAUCUAAGCCACAAGGCGACGAGCCACCACCUUUCCCCAUUCGCAUCGAGGAGGUCAAGAAUACACUCGCCCAAUCAGUCAAGGAUGGCGUUGUCGUUCUACCCACUCCACGUCGCGAUCCCACCCCAACUGAUAGAGCUAAUGCUGAUUUCUGUGUUUACCAUCAAAGUGUUACUCAUCCCACUAUUAAUUGCCGGGGCUUGCGCCGCCUCUUUCAACGACGAAUGGCAACUGGUGAUCUUGAAGUCACCCCUCUUAAGGAUGUUCGUAGGUUCCUGUACCCUAAUCAUCAUGUGGCUAUUAUCACCUGCUAUGAUGAGCUCGCAGAAACAAAUUUAGGCUAUGAGGCAAAGCCUUCUUCAGAAACGGAUAUGUGUCCUUUAGUCGCCUUUGUUAAACCCAACUCUCCUGCAUUAAAGAAAACUCUAUCCUUCUCUAAUGCUGACAAACAAAGCACAAGUGCCCAAAAUCGACCAUUGUAUGUGCUGGCUUCUAUCAAGGGGGUGGAAUUCAAGCGCGCUUUUCUUGACAAUGGUUCUUCCAUCAAUGUUAUGCCGCUCUCUAACUUUCGUAAAGCAGGCAUCUCUGAGGAUCGUCUGAUCAAAGAGCCAAUCGAGGUUGCAGGAUUUGGCAAUGAUCUUCAUCGCACGAUGGGUUAUGUUAAUGUUGAUCUAGCUGUUAACAAAUUCCAAGCCUCCAUGAAGUUCCAUGUUAUUGACAGCGACACUUCUUAUCACAUCCUUCUGGAGCGCGCAUGGAUGCACUGCUUUAGCAUCGUCCCUUCCACUUACCAUCAAUGUUUCAAAGGCAUUUGGAAUAACAAGGUUGUCACCGUCCCGUGUUCAGAUCGCCCCUUUGCCACCUUUGAGGCUCAUUACACCGAUGCAUUAUUCUUCAAUGACCUUGAUGACUACGCAUAA